CAUAAUUUUGACCAUUCUUCCGGUUGGCUACUGUCCCACGUAGCCAUUUUGCGUUUCCUGGACAAAAAAAGGGGUUUAUGUAGAAAGACAGUCAGACACAGAAUAAAAUUAGUCUUUAGCUCAAUCCGAGAAUCAAAAGUGCGGAUGUAACUGUGCAAUAUGCUAGGCGCGGCAGCGGGUGACCAUUCCCAACACCAGCCGCGGCCCGUAUUCAAUGAGGAUACCUUUGGCUAGCUGGCUAACGAACCGUUAACGAAAGAGUGAGAUAAAGACUUCGUAGACACUAAAGUGCAGUACGACAUCCAUACUUAUCAAAUUAUACUCUAAGUAAGCUAGAAGGCGGACGUUGGUAGAAAUAUGGACCAUGUGUUGAUUUGAAACAUCGCAGUGGGUAAAACAACAACAACAAACGCCCCGGUUCUCUGCAGAGCAAGCCGGAUAACUGUUUAUUCACCGGGAAUAAAGCUCAGGAUCGCAGCACGCCACGGAGCCAGUCAUGCCUGCCAGUGUGCGUACUGGGAACCCGAAGGACUCCGAGGUGUCUGAACUCUUCUACAGAGAUGAUCCUGAGAAGCUCUUCUCUGAUCUCCGGGAGAUCGGUCAUGGCAGCUUUGGAGCCGUGUACUUUGCUCAUGAUGUGCGUUCCAAUGAGGUGGUGGCCAUUAAGAAGAUGUCAUUCAGUGGCAAACAGUCCAAUGAGAAAUGGCAGGACAUCAUAAAGGAGGUGAAGUUCUUGCAGAAGCUCAGACACCCCAAUACCAUCGAAUACAAAGGGUGCUACCUCAGGGAGCACACGGCAUGGCUGGUAAUGGAAUACUGUCUGGGAUCAGCCACUGAUCUUUUAGAGGUGCAUAAAAAACCUCUGCAGGAGGUGGAAAUAGCUGCUAUUACCCACGGUGCACUUCAGGGCCUGGCCUACCUUCACUCUCAUAACAUGAUACACAGAGAUGUGAAGGCAGGUAAUAUUCUGCUAACUGAGCCCGGUCAGGUGAAGCUUGGAGAUUUUGGCUCUGCCUCAAUCAUGUCUCCUGCCAACUCUUUUGUGGGUACACCAUACUGGAUGGCCCCAGAAGUGAUUCUAGCCAUGGAUGAGGGGCAGUAUGAUGGGAAGGUGGACGUCUGGUCUCUUGGCAUCACCUGCAUUGAACUAGCUGAAAAGAAGCCACCCUUGUUCAAUAUGAAUGCUAUGAGUGCCUUAUACCACAUUGCGCAAAACGAAAGCCCUGUCCUGGCGUCAUACCACUGGUCAGACUACUUCCGUAACUUUGUGGACUCUUGUCUUCAAAAGAUCCCUCAGGACAGGCCUACCUCAGAUGUGCUGCUCAAUCAUCAUUUCCUUUCCCGAGAGCGCCCCCAUUCUGUAGUGAUGGAUCUGAUCACCCGCACCAAAGACGCUGUGCGAGAGCUGGACAACUUGCAGUACAGGAAGAUGAAGAAGAUCCUGUUUCAGGAAACUCACAAUGGUCCCACACAGGAAGGAGGAGAGGACGAAGAGGAAGCAGAGCAGUAUCUCUUGCAGACGGGCACCAUGAAUAGUAUGGAGAGCUCUCAGUCUGUUCCCUCCAUGUCCAUCAGUGCCAGCUCCCAGAGUUCCUCUGUCAACAGCCUGGCCGAUGGCUCCGAUGACAGUGCGGAGAUAGCCAUGAUGCAGGAGGGAGAACAGACGGUCACAUCUAACAGCUCCAUCAUUCACCGCCCCACUCCACGUGAUAAUAUUUAUGACGACCCUUAUCAGCCGGAGAUGGAGUCUCCACAGCAGGCAUCCUCGGCCGCUCGGAGGAGGGUGCACAGAAACAGAGACCAUUUCGCCACCAUCCGCACGGCCUCUCUUGUGACCCGUCAGAUUCAGGAGCACGAACAGGGCUCAGCUCUGAGGGAGCAGAUGUCCGGAUACAAGCGCAUGAGGAGGCAGCACCAAAAACAACUGCUGGGUCUGGAGAACAAACUCAAGACUGAGAUGGAUGAACAUCAGCUCAGACUGGACAAAGAGCUGGAGACCCAGAGAAACAACUUUAGCAGCGAGGCAGACAAGUUGAGUAAGAAACAUCAGGCCAUCCUGGAAAAAGAGAUUAAAGCUGCGCAGGCAGAAGAGAAAAAAUUUCAACAGCACAUAUUGAACCAGCAGAAGAAAGAACUCAACAGUCUGCUGGAUUCCCAGAAACGCCAGUACAGGCAACGCAAGGAGCAGCUCAAGGAGGAGCUGAGUGAGAACCAGUCCACGCCGAAGCGAGAGAAGCAGGAAUGGUUGGUAAGGCAGAAAGAGUGUCUGCAGCAGAUCCAGGCUGAGGAAGAAGCUUCAUUAUUACGGCGACAGAGGCAGUAUUAUGAGCUGCAGUGCCGGCAGUAUAAGAGGAAGAUGCUGCUUGCAAGACACAAUCUGGAGCAGGACCUGCUCAGAGAGGACUUGAAUAAACGUCAGACACAGAAGGAUCUGGAGUGCGCCAUGUUGUUGAGACAUCACGAGUCCACUCAAGAGCUGGAGUUUAGGCAGCUGGGGCUGGUCCAGCGCACUCGGGCCGACCUGAUCCGAACACAGCACCAGAGCGAGCUGGCCAACCAGAUGGAGUAUAAUAAGCGGCGUGAGCAGGAACUCCAUCAGAAACACAAUGUGGAGGUCCGCCAGCAACCCAAGAGCUUAAAGACGAAAGAGCUCCAGAUCAAACGUCAGUUCCAAGACACCUGUAAGAUUCAGACACGGCAGUACAAAGCCUUGCGGAACCACCUGCUGGAAACCACGCCCAAAUCAGAACAUAAAAUUGUACUGAAGCGACUCAAAGAGGAGCAGACGCGUAAACUGGCCAUCUUGGCCGAGCAGUACGACCAUUCCAUCAAAGACAUGCUGUCCACACAGGCUGUGAGUAAGUUGCGAUUGGAUGAGACUCAGGAGGACGAGUACCGAGCGCUGCGCAUGCAGCUGCAGCAGGAAUUGGAGCUGCUGAACGCCUAUCAGAGCAAAAUAAAGAUGCACACAGACACGCAGCACGAGAGAGAGGUCAAAGACCUGGAGCAGAGGGUGUCUAUACGGAGAGCUCUACUUGAGCAGAGGAUCGAGGAGGAGAUGUUGUCUCUGCAGAAUGAGCGCUCUGAGCGAAUCCGGGCUCUGCUCGAGUACCAAGCUCGAGAAAUUGAGUCCUUUGACUCCGAAAGCAUGCGCCUGGGCUUUAGUAACAUGGCUUUGAGCGGCAUCCCUGCCGAGGCUUACAAUCAGGGUUACCCCAACCCUCCCUCAUCUGGACCUGGGGGCUGGCCGUCCCGUCCUGUGCCCCGCUCAGGCAGCCAGUGGAGCCACGGAGUCCAACACUCAGCGGCGCCGCCCUCCUGGCGUAGUCAAAACAGUACAGCCGGGUUCAGCCAGGGGGAGCAAAUCUCCAGCCGAGAGAGGGAUUUAGAUGGUAUGGGUGCCCGUGGCUUUCCAAGCUCUCGCACCUCCGCCUCGUCAGCAUCGUCCUCGUCCUCGCAUCAUCACCUCCGCUACAUCCCGCAGCAGUUCCACCACCAGAGCACCCCACACCUGUACAGCCGAGAGAGAGAGUGGGGAGGUGGCAGUGGAGGAGGAGCUCACCCCUCAUCUUCAUCCUCCUCUCAUGGCCACUCGCAUCACGUUUCUACCCAUGCCUCUUCCCAGUCCCUUGGUCUCCUCCCUCCACCACCACCUCCUCCGCCCAUCUCACUUUCCUCAUGUUCUCCUCCAUCCUCCUCCUCCUCUUCUUCCUCUCAGAGUGGCUAUGGAGGAAGGGGCGAGAGUUUGGCUGUGAGGGGCCCCAGCCUGAUGGCUCUGAGAAACAGUCCAGGGCCUCUUCGGAGAACAGCCUCGGGUGGAGGUGCCGGCGGGUCGGCAGAUGGAGGUUUAAGCCGAAGCACAUCAGUAACAUCGCACAUUUCCAACGGAUCCCACCUCUCCUACUCGUAGAGGCUCAUACAGGAAGCUCAGAUGGUACAGUUGAACGUUUUGGGGAGAAAAGGCCUUCACAUAGCUCAUUUAGGAGUCAAACUGGGAGAAACAGUAUUUAGAUGGGUACUUACAAGAAGAUAGAUCUCAGGGUUUUGGGAUUCAGGAGGGCUCAGGGUUUAGAUCAGGAACAGGAAAGACAAGAGAUGUACUGUAACAGGAGCAGAAAGCUAUGCUGUUGAGUGAGUGGGAGGGAAGAGAUGGAAAUAACACAAGUGGUGCCAAAACUGCAGAUCGGGCUCUUCCUCAGCCGGUUCAUUUUGCUUUAGUUUUAUUUUUAAACUGUCAGACAGAACCAAUGAAUUCUGCUCUUUCAUGUCCAGGUAUUUGCUUGCACAUCUAAAGGUUUAAGAUAAUAUUUUAUGCUUAAUCCUGGACCAUAUUAAGCUGAAUUUAUUUAGUGCAAUUCAAUUAAAGACUGGUUUUAUUUUUAAAGGAAUAGUUUGCCAAAAAACUGUCAUUUAUCUCAUGGUCACGUUGUUACGAGCCCUACAUACGGUUGUUUUUUUUUUUUCAUAGAACACUCAGUUAAUAUUGACUGAAGAGUGUAACUUGAGUUUGAGCCAGAGGAUGAUGAGUCCUACUAAUGUCAGUUUUACUGCUAACGGAGGCGAAGCGAGUGAGUCGGAUGCAAUAGAAGGUGCUGUAGCAUGUUUCAGGGAGAUGAGGCAUAAACUGAGGAACUGAAAGGGUGUUUUAAACUGAUUUUUGUGUAAUUAUAUAGAUAGCACUCAAACAACGCUAAAAUAACGUCUAUCAGUGAUGGUUUUUAAACUGUACAUUUGUAUUUGAGUCGAGGCCAGGAGGCAGUUUUUUAUUUUAAGUUGAUUUUUGUAUUCUGUAUUUGGUUUAUAACAAUGUCACGUGUCAUACUGCCAUCUAGAGGCUCAGCUGACCUAAAGCAGCUCCGCCCACUGUCCUUAUAAGGGCAAGCUGCCAUUUAAGUUGCAUUUGGUUUUAACUGGGCUGUAAUUGAGUGUCUGUUUUUAGCGUAAGAUGAAAAAAUUACUUUUAAAAAGAGAUUGAACCUGGCUGGGUGAGCAAGCCAUUUCCUUGACUGUGUAAAUAUUAUGUACAUGUCCAAAAGAGAGUUGGGUUACAAGCUUCUGUGCACGAGACGGAUGUACAGAGAUCAUUUGUAUACAACAAUUACACAACAGACGUUUAUAUAUGACUUUGAAUAUAUAUGUGUAUAUUACAUCACCUGUCAAAGCUUUUAAAGGGAAAGUCCUAAGAUUGUUUCCUGUUCAACACUUUUGAUCUAUAUUGUACUUAUACAAUGUGUAUAUACAAGCACUAACUCUUAUAUAGGGUAAUAGUAAUUUUGCUAUGUGAAUUGGAAAGUGAGACGGAGAAAAAAGAUACUGUCAUUGUUAAUACACCUACUACUGCCGCUGUUAUAUUUGUGUUGUACACUAAUUUUUCUUUUUACAAUCUGUUUUUUUUUUAAGACUUUGUUGUUGUCGUUUUUUAAACAAUGCUUACCACUAGGUGGGAAAUGUUGGCAGUGUCACAGUAGGAAUUUUAAAGCUCCAAGUUUUAGAUAAAACAAAACAAAUAACAAAAAAGGACUACCUAUCCCAGCAUUCCUUGUUCAAUCUCAGGGUAGGAGUCUGUUGUGCAGUGCGUUGUCAGGGGAGUAGUAUUUUAGAGGCAGUAUUAAACUUGUACAGAACAUUUUAAGAGAUUUUAGCUGUAUAGAACAUUUCUAGAAGACUUUAAAGUGUCAGACACCCCCGUUCGAUCCACUUGUUUUUCCUUCCAUUUCGUUUUCUGGAAUGAUUUACUUUUAUUUUUACAUUUUUUAUGCACAAAAUGGACAAAAGGCAUCACAAGCUGUUUACUUUAAAAACAAAGAUCUCCAGGGUCCCCAUAAGAACGCGGUGAAAGACGAAGCUCGAUUUUGCCAGUAAUGUAAUAUUUUUCCUUUGGGAAAACCGAAAUCUUUUGCGCUCCCACACUGCCAGCUCUCUUUAGACACCAGCGUUCACUCGGAUUCUCCCUUCGCUCUCCUGAACCGAGGAGACAUGCAGUACCUCACUUCCCUGUGCCUGGCCGAUCACUUCUUACUCCAGUGUUUUCAGUGUUCACUUCCUUCUCAAACACAUUUUCCACACAUCACCGCAUUCCCUUAUGUCCUUACUUUACUUGGUUGCUAAUUUCUGUGGAAAGAAAAUGAGAGAGAGAAAAAUCCUCCGCUCAUCUUAGCUCUGGGCUACCAUGUAAUGUGUUUACAGCAACACAUGCUGGAUUCUUAUUGGUGGAUCCUAUUGAGGGGGUGGAAUAGGAAACAUAAGGUAUAUGUAUGAAAUUGCUGCCAUCAUCCUGCAGUGUUUAAAGAAUUGGAGCUAAAAUGGUGGAGCUGCAGUUGCCUGGAAGUGUGCGUGUAGCCUGUGGUGAAAUGUAUUGCAAAUUUGUGAUUAAAAUGGUGAUGGAGAGCAUGGUUGUUCAGGGAGCUCGGAGAAAUAGGCCAAAUUGCAUUCAGGUGAAAUGAACUCAACACAUGGGCUAUAGAACUUGUACAGAAAAUGAUUUAUAAGUCAUUAAAAAGGAUUCAAACAAAUUGACCUUUC